AUGACAUCUUUUUAUGUUUAUUUUGAAGCAUCAUUAGCACCAUUAUUUAUAUUAAUAGGUUUAUAUGGGGCUGCAAAUAAAGAUAAAGCUGCAGAUUAUAUAUUAAUAUAUACUUUAUUUUCAUCAUUAUUUAUGUUAUUAGGUAUAGCUUUAUAUGAAGUUAUAUUAGAUAAUACAGAUUAUCAAUCAACUAGUUUAUUAGUAUUAUCUAUUGAUUUACAAUGUAUUUUAUAUUUAGCUAUAUCUAUAGAAUCACCUUUAGCAGGUUCUAUAUUAUUAGCUGGUGUUAUAUUAAAAUUAGCAGUAUUUGCUAUUAUUAGAUUAAUAUUACCUACAUUAUCUGAUGCAUCUAUAUUAUAUACACCUUUUAUAUAUGUAUUAUGUGUAAUAACUAUAAUAUAUACAUCUAUUAUAACUUUAAGACAAACUGAUUUAAAAGUUAUAAUAGCAUAUAGUUCUAUUAGUCAUAUGGCUGUAUGUAUAUUAGGUAUAUUCUCUAAUUCAAUAACAGGUAUUACUGGUAGUUUAGUAUUAUGUGUAGCUCAUGGUUUUGUAUCACCAGGUUUAUUUAUAGUAGUAGGAGGUAUAUUAUAUGAUAGAUAUCAUAAUAGAUUAUUACAUUAUUUCCAAGGUUUAAUAACUUAUAUGCCUAUAUUAUCUAUAUAUUUCAUUAUAUUAAGUUUCUCUAAUGUAGGUACUCCUUUAUCUAUAAACUUUAUUGGUGAAAUGUUAUCUAUAACUGGUGCUAUUAAUAGAGCUCCUCUAUUAGGUGCAGUAGCUGCUAUUUCUGUAUUAUUAUCAGCUUGUUAUCAAAUGAAAUUAACUAAUAGAUUAACUGGUGGUGUUAAAACUCCUUAUGUUUCUAUUACUGCUGAUUGUACUUAUAGAGAAUCUAUUUUAAUGAUUUCUUUAAUCUUCCCUACUAUAUUCCUUGGUUUCUUCCCAUCAUGA